UUUGCUACAGAGCCUGUAUUUGCCAGCCUAGCCAAUAUAUUAGGUUGCCAUGACAACAUGCCGACGCCCAUACCACCGGACAUUGGAGAACACAAGUUGUUUGAAGUCGAGAUCAAAUAUGGCCUUCUACAGUUAACAGAUGCCUUGAAGUUUCUUCAUAAUGAUGUUCAUAUGGUCCAUGGUAAUAUUUCACCGGCGAGUAUUAUCUUGAAUGGUAAUGGAGCCUGGAAGCUAGCUGGAUUUGACUUUGUUAUUCCUUCCUCAUCACCACCUGAUCAACCAGCUAGUUUCCCUUCACGUGAACUUAUGAACAAUAUCUCAGCAUUGCUUCAGCCAGACUUGAACUACUUAGCUCCGGAGUACCAGUUAACACAGAGCUGUGAUACGUCCAGUGAUAUGUUCAGUCUUGGUAUGUUAAUGUACUCCGUGAUCAACAACGGCAAACUCUUCCAUGAUUGCAACGAGAAUCUUGCCACAUUUAAACAGAAAUCUGAACAGUUGCGAAGUCUGAAUAUAUCUUUAUUAUCAAGCCUUCCUGAUGGUUUGAAAGAGUAUGUGAAGAUGUUACUAAGUACCACACCAACCAUCAGACCGGACGCUGAUCAACUAGGCAAGAUUCCAUAUUUUGACGACGUUGGUGCCAUGACUCUCCAGUACGUUGACUCAUUGUUUCAACAAGAAAGCAAACAGAAAGCUCAAUUCUUCAAAGGUCUUCCAAAAGUAAUCUCAACUCUUCCCAAGAGGGUUGUUCAGCAGAGAAUACUACCAUGCUUGUGUAAGGAGUUCAUGAAUCCUGACAUGGUGCCGUUUGUCUUACCCAAUGUACUCCUCAUCGCCGAACAAUGCACCGAUCAGGAGUAUGUGAAGCUGGUCUUACCGAGCCUAAAGAAUGUCUUCAAGAUGCAAGAACCUGUUCAGAUUUUACUGAUCUUCAUGCAACGGAUGACCCUUCUACUCACCAAGACGCCCUCUGAUGACAUCAAGAAUCAUGUUCUACCCAUGGUCUAUAGGGCUUUAGAAUCGUCUUCAGCUCAGAUACAGGAACUAUGUUUAAAUAUUCUACCUACAUUUGCUGGGAUGAUAGAGUAUAACUCCAUCAAACAUUCCAUAGUCCCACGAAUGAAGAAACUUUGCUUGGAGACAUCUCUACUGGCGGUGAGUAUUAAAGCUAAAGGAAAGUUAUAG